GCCGGAAGUGACGCACGACGCUGCACUGCGCGCCGGAAGCCCCGCAGGCGGCGAAGAUGGCGGAGAGCAGCGGUCGCCUGGGCAGAGGCAGCGGGAGCGGCACGGGGAAGGGGGCGGUGUCGGCCGAUCAGGUGAUUGCUGGCUUCAACCGCCUUCGGCAGGAACAGCGGGGCCUGGCAUCCAAGGCAGCCGAGCUGGAGAUGGAGCUGAAUGAGCACAGCCUCGUGAUCGAUACGCUUAAGGAGGUGGAUGAAACCCGCAAGUGCUUCCGCAUGGUUGGAGGGGUGCUGGUGGAGCGCACUGUCAAAGAGGUGCUGCCUGCCUUGGAGAACAACAAGGAGCAGAUACAGAAGAUCAUUGAGACACUGACUCAGCAGCUUCAGGCAAAGGGAAAAGAAUUAAAUGAAUUCCGGGAAAAGCACAAUAUUCGACUCAUGGGCGAAGAUGAGAAGCCAGCCAAGGAGAACUCAGAAGGAGCAGGGGCGAAGGCCAGCUCCGCUGGAGUGUUGGUCUCCUAGGGACCAAGGCCUUUGCAUUUUUUCCUACCUGACUCCUACUUCCAGUUUCUCAUUGUUAUUUCCUCUGCUGUUAUAAUAUUUUUUGUUAAUUAAAUGUUUUAGUCAGAA